GUCAGGAGGAGUGGUCUUCUCUUCUUCAUCCUGGAAGAAGGGUGAGCGAGCAGCGGAACCGAAAACAUUAAACACCAGUUCAGCUACCGAAUUAAACUACACUUUCGCAUCCAGAGAUCGAAGUGAAACCCAUUAAGUGUCUCUACGCUGUGAAUGGAUCAUGGAGUGUGUUCCUGCUGUUCUAGAUGAGUUGGAUGGUAAAAAGGAGGCGCACACAGAGGCAGAUCCUGAGUAUAAUGUGUACACCCGCUUCAUGAAGUCCCACCGCUGCUAUGACCUGGUGCCCACCAGCUCAAAGUUAGUGGUGUUUGACACUUCUCUCCAGGUGAAGAAGGCGUUCUUUGCUCUGGUGUCUAAUGGGGUGAGAGCAGCGCCUCUCUGGGACAGCAAGAAGCAAUGCUUUGUUGGUAUGCUGACCAUUACAGAUUUCAUCAAUAUACUUCAUCGCUAUUACAAGUCUCCUCUGGUCCAGAUAUAUGAGCUAGAAGAGCACAAAAUAGAGACCUGGAGAGAGGUCUACUUGCAAGAUUCCUUCAAGCCUCUCGUGAGCAUAUCGCCCAAUGCCAGCCUUUAUGAUGCAGUUUCAUCUCUACUGAAGCAUAAGAUCCACAGAUUACCCGUGAUUGAUCCUCUAACGGGAAACACACUCUACAUCCUGACACACAAGAGGAUCCUCAAAUUCCUGAAACUCUUUAUAUCUGAAAUCCCCAAACCUGCGUUUCUGUCUCAAACGCUGGAGGAGUCGAACAUCGGGACGUUUCACAACAUCGCAGUGGUUCACGCCGAUACGCCGCUCUACUCCGCGCUGGGCAUCUUCGUGGAUCAGAGAGUGUCCGCUCUCCCUGUGGUGGAUGAAAAUGGACAUGUGAUUGACAUCUAUUCCAAGUUUGAUGUUAUAAAUCUGGCAGCGGAGAAGACGUAUAAUAACCUGGACAUCACCGUGACUAAAGCCCUCCAGCAUCGCUCGCAGUAUUUCGAGGGUGUGCUGACCUGUCGGGCCAGCGAGACCCUCGAGGCCAUUAUUAACCGACUAGUGGAGGCCGAGGUUCACAGGCUAGUGAUCGUGGAUGAGCAUGAAGUGGUGAAAGGCAUCGUCUCUCUGUCGGAUAUCCUGCAGUCUUUGGUGCUCACCAAUGGAGACGACGGCAGUGCUUGAUGAAGAACAGUGAAAGAGUUUCCUUCUCUCUCUAGAAGCUGGACGGUGCUCCAGAAAUGGAAAACAUCUAUGAUAUGCAACCCUCUCAAAAACAGGAGCUGAUGAAGCACCACAGAUUUAUUAACAGAGAUCCGGCUUCUCCGUCAGGAAAGGGACGUGCUCAGAAAUGCAAUUGCUUUUCUAAGAAGAAACUCGUUUAAUAAUCGAGUCCCUGCACCACUUCAGGGAGUGGGAAAGGAAAUAUCAUUUUUAGCUUCAAAUUAAUUUAGUUCUGUCGCUCGGCACACUCUUUUUGCUGAAGAGACAUCUGUCGUUCACAUUAUUGUCCACUUAUUCUGUCCUCAGAGAAGGAAAACACGAUGAGAUUGAGGUGAAGAUGUAAUUGUCUGGACUGUGGAAAUGAGGCAGAAAAGCCGAAGCUUGAGCCGGGAAAUAGUCAUUUACGUUUUGCGCAGUGUGAGAAGAAAACUCGCACCGAGAGACUGAAACAUUCCGUUAUUGUGCCGGGUUUGCAGGGUAAUAUAGCUUGUUUUUCUAACUCAUGGCCAUUUUUAAUAUUGAAGAGGUCUGUCCUCUAAAGCCAGAUACAAUCUCAGCUGAAUUUCUACACUACACACACACACAGACACACACACUUGAGUAUUUGGGGAAGUUUCAUUGCUUUAGUCUGAACAUUGAGCAAAGGGAGGGAAAGCUUGUUUUGAUAUUAUUCACUGAAUAUUUAUAUCAUUGGAAAAACAAUUACUCAAUAUUAUUUACAUCAUGUACAUUAUCAUAGAUACAUUUAGUUCUUUAUCUUUGGUUUUGGGCCAGACUCUUGUUUUUAUGUCUGAUGCAGAUGUGUGUUUCAUUUCUAGUUAAUAUCGCUACUGAUUUUACUCUGCUUUAAUUGUUUUAAGGUCCAUGAAUUAUCAACAAAACUGAGAAUAUCAGACGACUCACACUUUUUAUUGUAGCUCGUCUCGCUACAGAAAAUCAUUUGAUUGUAAUAGAUUUUGCUGGUAUUUCUCUCUGUAAUCAUUUUUAUUCCACACAUAAAAGAUCUGUAAAUACACCUGAACUGUUUUCUAAUUCUCCCAUGUCAAAGAUGUUUUAUUGAAGGCACAAGAAAAAUAAAAAUGUAUUCAUUUAA